AUGUCGUUCAACAUUCGAAAGCUGAUCAUUCUGUUGAUGUUCGCGGCAGCGGUUGUCGAGGGUAGUCCAAAGUUUGACGAUGGAGGGUUUAUACCGAGUUCCAUGAUCUAUUUGGAGAAGGGUCCGAAGUCUCAGGAUCAGAUAGCUAUGCCGUCCCAGAUGGAACCACGAAGUGAGUCGGCGACUAGACGCAGCGAAACGGAGACCAACGAUAUCACGGACCGUAGUCAGGAGCCUCGAUUCGGUUUCACAAAUAUUGGCAGCACAGGGAGCGGUUACGGGGUAUCAACGUACGCGCCCGCGAAAAUUGAUCUUGGUGGACUACUUCUGGGCGCCAUCAUAGGGGUGGGUUCUAUCUUGAUCAUCCCCAAACUGCUCUACGUCCUCUCCGGUAGUUACGGCCACUAUGCAAGAAGUGACGAAAACGGUGUCUCUCAAAUAGUAACGAAAUUAGAUGAUGUCCUGGCUCGCCACGGGAUAGACACUACGUCCUGCAUGCAACGGGCCAUGUGCACUUAUUCGCAACAGGCGGCGUCCUCCAUGAGAGAUGCGAACAGGCUGAACGAUGACGAACAAGUCUCGUCGUUCGAUCGAAUGAUCGACACGGUAACAACGAAUCAGAUAUUUCGCACGGCCAUGGAAGGGACAGCGAUCCAGGAAGCGGUAGAAGCUGGCAGAUCGGGACGAAGUUGCUCGCGAACUUAUCCUCACUGUGGUUUCUCCAUGGAGACUAUGCUGUCCCUGCUAUCGAACGUGUUCACUGCAGCUGCCACGGUCGCUCCAGGAUCGACAACUGCACACACCGGACCUGGAUCGUUGUAA